AUGUUGAAUUCAACAUCUACGGAAGCAGCUUUAUCGGCCACCUACGUUGAGAAUUACUUAGAUUGUGUUGAAAAUCUUCCAAAUGAUUUGCAGCGACAUUUAUCGCGUAUGAGAGAGCUCGACGUAACUUAUAGAGAAUGUCUUCGUGAUGCAGAAACACAUUUAGGUGUUUGCAUAGGGCCAAAUACAGAAGAGAGACGUCGUAGUCGAGCUGCCUUACGAUUGCAAGCUGCACUUGUCGCAGCACAAGAAAUUGGUGAUGAAAAACUGCAGGUUGUACAGAUCCUUCAGGAUCUUAUUGACAAUAAACAGAGGUCUCUUGAUGCCGACCAUAAAAACCUUAUUUCUUGCCUUGAAGUGAAUACAAAUGGAAUAGCAAAAGAAGAACCUUCACCAGCUACUGAGUCCAUACGAACAGGGGAUAAAGAAAGCAUUACACCUCAGCCACAGCAACAACAAGCCCCACCACCUCCUCCUCCAGAACGUAAUAAUGAGAAAGAAAAAGAGAAAGAACGGGAUAAGAGUGGAGGGGAGAGGUGGUCUAAACGAGCAAGACGUUCUCGAACUACAGCAGGUGCAGCUACAGAUGGUGCAGAAUCCAGUGAACGUGACAGUGAACGCCAUGCACAUAAUACUACACAUAAGAAAGGUAUUGGGAAAAAGAAAAAGCGCAAAGCGAGACAAGCAGCACAACGAUCUGAGACACCACCAGAAGAAAAUGAUGCAAUUGAUCCUGAUGAACCUAGGUAUUGCCUCUGUGAUCAGAUAUCAUUUGGCGAAAUGAUAUUAUGUGACAAUGAUCUUUGCCCUAUUGAAUGGUUCCACUUCUCCUGUGUCUCGCUCACUACCAAACCAAAGGGCAAGUGGUUUUGCCCUAAGUGCCGUGGUGAUAGACCUAAUGUGAUGAAACCAAAAGGACAGUUUCUUAAAGAAUUAGAACGGUAUAACAGAGAAAAGGAAGAAAAAGCAUAG